CGGGGGAGAUUGGCCCAGCCAGCCAGCCAGCCCGCCCGCCAGCCCAGCGCCAUGCGGGAGAUCGUGCACAUCCAGGCCGGCCAGUGCGGCAACCAGAUAGGAGCCAAGUUCUGGGAGGUGAUCAGCGACGAGCACGGCAUCGACCCCACCGGCAGUUAUCAUGGAGACAGCGACUUGCAGCUCGAAAGGAUCAACGUGUACUACAAUGAAGCCACGGGUAACAAAUACGUUCCGAGAGCAAUCCUGGUGGACCUGGAGCCCGGCACAAUGGACUCGGUCCGAUCCGGACCCUUUGGCCAAAUCUUCAGACCCGAUAACUUUGUCUUUGGCCAGAGCGGUGCUGGAAAUAACUGGGCCAAAGGCCAUUACACUGAGGGAGCCGAGCUAGUAGAUUCAGUGCUGGAUGUGGUGAGGAAGGAAUCGGAAAGCUGCGACUGUCUGCAGGGCUUCCAGCUGACCCAUUCCCUGGGUGGGGGCACUGGCUCUGGCAUGGGCACCCUGCUCAUCAGCAAAAUCAGGGAAGAGUACCCGGACCGGAUCAUGAACACCUUCAGCGUGAUGCCCUCCCCCAAGGUUUCGGACACAGUGGUGGAGCCCUACAAUGCCACCCUGUCAGUCCACCAGCUGGUGGAGAACACAGAUGAGACCUAUUGCAUCGACAAUGAGGCCCUGUACGACAUUUGCUUCCGCACCCUGAAACUGACCACGCCCACCUACGGGGAUCUCAAUCACCUGGUGUCGGCCACCAUGAGUGGGGUGACCACCUGCCUGAGGUUCCCGGGCCAGCUGAACGCAGAUCUGCGCAAGCUGGCCGUCAACAUGGUGCCCUUCCCACGCCUGCACUUCUUCAUGCCCGGCUUUGCGCCCCUGACCAGCCGCGGCAGCCAGCAGUACCGGGCCCUGACCGUGCCCGAGCUCACGCAGCAGAUGUUUGACUCGAAGAACAUGAUGGCCGCCUGCGACCCCCGCCAUGGCCGCUACCUGACGGUGGCCGCCAUCUUCCGGGGCCGCAUGUCCAUGAAGGAGGUGGACGAGCAGAUGCUCAACGUGCAGAACAAGAACAGCAGCUACUUCGUGGAGUGGAUACCCAACAACGUCAAGACAGCCGUGUGCGACAUCCCUCCCCGUGGGCUGAAGAUGUCUGCUACCUUCAUCGGCAACAGCACGGCCAUCCAGGAGCUGUUCAAGCGCAUCUCAGAGCAGUUCACCGCCAUGUUCCGCCGCAAGGCCUUCCUGCACUGGUACACGGGGGAGGGAAUGGAUGAGAUGGAGUUCACUGAGGCCGAGAGUAACAUGAAUGACCUGGUGUCGGAAUACCAGCAGUACCAGGAUGCCACCGCUGACGAACAGGGGGAGUUUGAGGAGGAGGAGGAGGGGGAGGAUGAUGCAUAACUAGGAACUGAAGGAGAUUUCUAGUCAAAGGAUGGUUGGGUUCUUAAAAAGGUAGCCUCAUUGUUUGAAAGCAUGGUCUCUCUAAAUGUGUUCUAUGGUGCUCUCCAUUGUUGCUGAUCACCAGGUUUUUUUUGUAAGUUUGAUUGCAUCAAUGUAAGAAUUGUGAUACUUCUGCCAUACUGUUUAAAAUGCUAAAUUCUUCAUAAACAACAUUUGUGUCCUUACUGAUAA